GCAGAUUCAAAAUUUAAACAUCAUCAAUUUUCUUUCACAUACAUAAAAUUCGAUCUUAAAACACUUACACUAACUCAAGUCACCAACUUUCUUGACCUUCCAGCACUAGACAAAUACAUCGAUUUUGUUAUUUCUGAAUCCGUCUCUGUAUAUAUAUGUUCAUGGAAGUGUUAAUGGUUAUAGUUAUGAUGUUAACUAUUAUUGUUAGAACAAAAGCUACAUGGUGUGUAGUUAGAAGUGAUGCAAGUUAUCAAGCAUUACAAAGAGGUUUAGAUUAUGCUUGUAGCUAUGGUGCUGAUUGUUCACCAAUUCAAUCUACUGGCCUUUGUUAUCUUCCUAAUACUAUUCAAAAUCAUGCUUCUUAUGCCUUCAAUAGUUACUAUCAAAGAAACAACAUGGCUCCUGGCUCUUGCCAAUUUUCUGGCACUGCUACUUUUGCCAAAACUGACCCAAGUUAUGGAUCUUGUGUUUACCCAGCUUCUCCAAGGGCUGCCGGAGGGCCACUUCCUCCUGGAACCGGAGGGCGUAACAACACAGGUGGAGGAAUUACAACCACCCCACCAGUUCUAUAUUCACCACCACAAGCAAUUAUAAACCCCGUAUAUGCUAACAGAACAACACCAAUUAUCGCGGGAUCAGAUGAUCCUGAUUCUCAAGAUUCAAAAGCAACUUGUCCCAAGUUUUGGACAAUGACAAGCUUAAUUCCAACAUAUUUGAUGUUUCACCUAAUUCAUAAUUUUCAACUUUUGUAGGAAGACUUGAUUUAGUGAAAUUUUAUUACAAAUGAAAAUUUAUUUUGAUAUUAUGUGUUAUCAAAAGUAUUGCUUCGCUGCUUAAAGCAAUGAAGCAAGCAAAUUGAGCCAGAGGGAGUAUUAGUAUGAUAGUUUUUAUAUAGUUCAUGUGUAAUUUAACCGGUUACAUAUAUUUAGACAUGAAUUUUAGUGUAAAGAAGUUGGAUUGUUUGGUU